GGUAAAUUUUCAAAACCCUAUAUAGACCAACACUCCCCAGCCAAUUAUCCAUACAAACAAUCACCUUCUAAUCUCCUAGCUAGCGCCUUUCAGUAAAAGGAUUAACCACAAAAAUUUUCGAAACUCUGUAUACACUGCUCCUAGCAGAAGAAAAUGGCAGAGAAAACAAAUUACCAACAGAUGUACCCAGUAGCACCGGCAACUAAGCAGCCAAGCAGCGACGAAGAAUUGGCGACCUUGCACUCUGACGAGCUCCGCCGGAAGAAAAGGAUCAAGUGGGCCAUAUAUAUUGUUAUAUUUGUUGUGUUUCAAGCUAUAGUUAUCGCUGUCUUUUCCGUCACUGUGUUGAAAGUUAAGACCCCAAAGGUGAGGUUGGGCACGGCGGUGACGUUCCAGAACGUGAACACUAGCACUCAACCAUUGGCUUCCUUUGACAUAAGCUUCAUAACCCAAGUUAGGGUUAAGAACAUCAACUUCGGUCCCUACAAGUAUGACAGCGCCACUGCCGUGUUCAUGUACGACGGUGUGAUGGUGGGUGAGGUUAGUAUUCCUAAAGGAAAGGCUGGGAUGCUUUCGACUAAGAAAGUUAGUGUUACUGUUAAUGUGAAUUCAAAGGCCCUGCAAAGCACUUCGAAUCUUGGACGUGAGUUGAGUGGCGGGGUCUUGACGUUGACAAGCCAUACCAAGCUCAGCGGGAAAGUGGAAUUGAUGUUUGUGAUGAAGAAGAAAAAGUCCGCCGAAAUGAACUGCACAAUGAGUAUCAAUGUUUCACCGAAUUAUGAGCUCCGAUAUUUGAAGUGCAAGUGAAAACUUCAGGCUGUUUUAGCAGUAGUUUUUCUGGCUUUGCUGCAUGUUAUUAUUAUAAUUAAAUUUAAAUUUCGUGGGAAUACAUAUACUUUGAUAACAA